AUGAUUAAUAGUUCAUCGGUAAAAGAAGACAUUGUUCAUGAUGUGUUUGAUUUCACUAUUACUUCAUCCAAGCAGGGUUCAGAAUCUCAUGAGAAUCGAUCCGAGAACAUGAGCUCACCACCACAAAAUAAAUCUGAAAAAAAUCAUACGACGGAAAUUUUGCUGACGCCCGUCAGUGAAAAUCAUGUAUCCGGAAAUAAUGAUAAGAAAGAUUCUAUAACUAUACUUUCGGUAUCAAGAAAAUUUACCGAUGAUAAUCGAGAUAAGGGUAAGUGUAUCAACGAUUCUUCAGCUGAUUUACCAGAAACUAAAGUAAGCAUACCUACUAAAUCUCAGCGUGAAUGUACUGGCUCACACCAAACCUCUAAUUCAUCUAGUUCGAAAGUGAAGGCAAGUAUAUCUACCGAAUCUCAGAUAUCUGAUUAUUCUUCUGAUUCGGCACGAGCCAGUAUGACAGUGCCGAAAAAAUUACCAGAUAUAACUCUAGAAGAAUCAUUAGAAACCAAGUCAUCAACUACUGUUAAGCCACUGUCUCCUGAAAGGAGGAUGCUUCGCAUCUGA